AUGAUAUUAGGUAUAUGGUCGCUUGUGGAUGCCUCCAGCGAAGGUGCCUCUAGUCAUCCGACGUUGAAGUGGAGCGUCUGUGAGGUCAAAGGCUUACAAGGUGCUAUUCUUCCACCAUUAGAAUCCUCGGAAUUUAACUAUUUACAUCCAUGGCAAGAACCGCUGCCCAAUUCGAUAUUCAUCAAUAGAAUCAAUCCAGACAAUUGUCCAGGUAGAGAUGAUCUCACUGACGAUGUUGACAAGGAAAGCAUUGACAUAUCUGUAUUCGUGGAUUUUAUUUUCACGCCUGGUCGGUUUGCCUUGCAAGCUAUCUACAACGCUUUUAAGAUCUCCAGACGGACGCAGGGAGCCACCAGUUUGCGCGACUGCGUUGUCGAGAUUGCUUACUGUCUCAUUGUCGUCAGGUUGUUAGAGGCCUCGCACAAAGCCAGGAUCGAUUUAGUGGCAGAGGAUUGCCAUCAUCCCAUCAGUUGUGGGGUUGCCGAUGCAGAUAGUGAGGGGAUGUGUGAAGCUUUUGAGUGGCUCCUGGACUUACUCUCAGUACCAGAAGACCACCCAAUGUUGGUUAGUCGGAGUGAGGAAGAAGGUGUGGCACAGGAUGAGAGCUCUGCUGGAAAUGUCACAAACCGUGGGAUUAACUUCCAAGGUUCUUCGUACUCAAUGGACUUUGGUUCAAGGCUAACAGCGGAACUGUUGCGUCAGGGCGUCUGGCGUGCAACAAACACCCACCUUCGUUUCUGUGUUGCAGCAUAUCUGCUCUGGCGUCACGGUAAUUACUUUGCGUCCACAGGUAGUAGUCGGCGAGUGGAGGAGAAGCUGCAACAGGUCUAUCGGUCCCUCGCAGUCAUCCAGUGGUUGACUUUAACUCGAGGUGGACCUAUGCCGGAGAAGGGGUACCUAUCUUCGGUAUCGACACAUCUUAAGCUGCUCGGAAUGCCGGAGUGGACCCCGUGUUCAGAAUUCGGUGUUUUGGGGGAACCCGGUCAACGAGGCGUCUCAUUGAGUGAGAAUUUCAUUCAGUAUCCCGGAGUGACGCUCCUAGAAGAGCUCAUUCUGUCAGCGUCCUCCAACCUACCUAUUCGACCAUGCAAAGAGUUCUGGCAAGCACAAUCCUCAAAUGUCAUUACUGCGCUUCAAAGAGAAUUCUGGCCGGUGCUCGAGGGCGGCCAAACCAUGCUUCCAGUGUUACGACAUCUGUUGGUGAACGCCCGGUGCCGGGAUAUACUAGCUUUAUGCAAAUGCCUCUCGCCAAGCGCCUUUGCCGAUAUCAAUCUGGAGGGACUUUUGAAGACUUGCCCAAAAAGUGACGAAGCAGAAGAAUCUGAACUUAUUCCUGCAAUCGAGUCUUGGUGGCCGGGUGACGUAAACGCCCUAUAUGUCUGCGCCUGCCUUGCACUUCUGUGGUCUGGUCUCACAGACGAGGCUAUUGAGCAGCACAUUGAGGGGUCUUUGUACUUGCGAAAUCGCCUGCUUGGUCGUUUGCAUCCCUUGUCUAAUGAGUGUCUCCCAGGGCUGAUAUUCAACGAAAAUGCAGCUGCGCCGUGCUCCAUCUUAGAACAACUAUUCCCUACCGAAUUUUCCCUGAGUGGGUCACUUGGCCUUCCUCCGUCUAUUUAUGGCGACAAAAGCUUCCUCUACACUCCUUUUGUUGUCGACGAGGUGCAGAUACGCUACUUGAUUAAAAUAAUGCCGGUGUUAGAGCACCUUGACAAAUCCCAGCAUGUGAUUCGGUUGUGUGAGUAUGCACUGGGUGUUAUUCGGAGAGCAGCCAACAACGCAAGUACAAAGGGUUUUUUAAACUUCCGAGUAGAUCCUCAUCUCUCGUCGCUUCUUUGUGGCACUGGUGCUAAAACGGUCUAUCCGCCUUUUGAUGUGAUCGCUCCACAACAAACGGGCCGCAACAGUCUCUUUCCCGUCUCCGCCGUUUGUAUCGAGGACACUGAUUUUUUGGACAUCGCGAACAACCUUUCCGAACUCGAGGCAGUUCUUCGGACUCGCGUCUUUAAGCACGAACUGGCCAUGGGUAACACCGCUAGAGCCCAUGCUCUCGUCAUGAGCAACCCUGACAAAGCCAGGUUAGGCAGAUUUUCAUGCACUGUCCAAUGUCAUCCCUUCACCCAUCAGACUGCCUGUUUUUUUCGACCGCAUUAUGAGUACACCGCAUUGAUGGCAACCUCAUUCUGGUGUUUUUUUAGGCAACGGGAUUGUCUGCACCUUUUCAUCACAACGCUCUGUGAUAGGGGUGAAACCGCCGAACUCGUUAACUUUGAAUAUGGACACAUGGAGGAUGAGGUAAUCCAUCAGUUUUUUUGUCCCACACCCUGUAGUUUGGCUUGGAGCAAAGUCGCCGAACAUCCACUGCAAUUUUGUCUAAACUUGGGUGUUUGA